CGUUUCGCCCGGUACAAGUGGUACGGUAGUAUGCGUACGUACAGUUUGCGAUGCCGCCGUUUCUGCGAGCRCAGGGGCGGAGAAGAAGUAAUGAUUUCUGAUGACCGAGUUAGUGUGUGUGUGUGUGUAUUGUGUGUUGUGUGUGGGUCCGUUCCAAAAAAAUUCUCGCUGCGUAUCUCUCUCGAAUCUCGAUCCGAGCAAGAACCCCAUCGUUUUGCAGUGCAGCGUUGCAACCCUCCGAUACAUUGUCGCUACAGAGUCGGCUACGGUGCAGGAUCUCCCAUCGCUUUCCAUCUAUUACUAUUGUAGAUUGUCGGACACGGAUCGGUUGGAGCAAGAGAGAAGGAACUUGGAUCGAGGCAAGAAGCAGCAAGCAACGAGUCAAGGUUUGGAAUCGAGUCGAGUCGAGUCGAGUCAAAUCGAAGCGAAGCGAAACGAAACGAAACAAAUCGAUCCGUUCGAUUGGUGCGCCACCCAUCUCUCCCCUGCAAUCCGAUAGAGCACGACACCACGCAGUUGGCACGAUACGCAACGCGGGACUCUCGAGAAUGCCUCCCUCCGGCGUGCUGGUAGCGCUCUGCCCAGCGGAGUACAGCGGCAACAACGGCAGCAACAACAACGGAAACGGAAGCAGCGCGACGGGCGCCUCCGGUGCCCUCUCUCCAAAACCCCCCGCUGCUGCUGCAGCUGCGGCUGUCGCUGCAGAACCGGCAACGGAGAAGGACGCGACGGUGUGUCCCCCUCCGCGGCAGCCRCCGGCGCCGCUCUCGUCCCUGUCGUCCUUCGCCCCGCUGUCUCCCUCCCACCGGUACUCGGCCCGGGUUGCCAUGGAACGCAUCGCUCCCUUUCUCGAGAUGGAAGAAGAUUCCGGGAGCGACGACGACGAAGAAGACGACGAAGACGACGCCUUGCUGCAAGACGUCGUGCUAGAAGACAUAGCACUGGACGACGAAGAAGGCGAAGCAMGCAACUGCCAGAUUGUCAAUCRCGACACCACUACGAAUCCAGCUGCUUCUCUCMUUGGAAAUCAGACAUUGCCACUGCCGCCCGGAAAAGGAGCGAAGCAACAAGACGACAACGGGAACGGGAACGUCGACCACGAGACCAACUCCCCCAACUACGACAAGGGAUCUUGGAUGCCCUUCUCCCACCCGCUCAAAACAGCACCGCGAGACGGCUUGCCCUGGAAGGCGCCGAGAAACAACGCCUGUUGCUCACCCGGAAGCUGCGGCAGAAACCACGACGACGGGUUCGGGGAUAGCAGCAUCAAGAGCUGCGGAAAGCGACAGAGGACUCACCGCCGGGUUACCUUCCCGUCCGGACCCAUUCCGUUCGCAAGGCCUUCGUCUUCGUCUUCGUCUCCGACAAACGACGACGACAACAACACCUGCGAUGCUUCGGGGCAGCCCAACAAGUUCCCAAACCGCAAUCCACAGGGGAACAGCAAGGACAACAACCACUACAACUACAACUACAACUACAGCAACAAAACCAUCAGCAGCAACCCUCUUGUUCGCGUUCGCGACACCAUACACAGAUCGGAAUUUACAAACGAGGAACGCCUUGCAACAUGGUACACGUUUGACGACCUCAGGUCCUUCAAGCGAGACCGAAAGGAUACGGCGCGGAUGAUCGACAACGGAGUGCUCUCACUGCCGUUUUCUCCCUACGAGCCAAUGUAUCCGACGAACAAACCGGCCGGGAAAGAGGAAAAGGAGAACAAGGGCGAAACGGGCGAUGCCUCGUCGCUGGCCAAGCCGGGGGAAACGCUUGGUCAUUGUGCCCGGGGAUGCGAGAACUGCACGGAAGCCAUCGGCAGAACGCGCUACCGCCGGAUCGCCGAGGGAUGGAGGGCCGUCCUGAACGCCCAGAAGAAACACCGGUACGAGCAGCAAAAGAUGAAGGCCAUGACGUCGGCCGAGCAGAACCAGUUCCGAACGCUGGCGUCCCUCUUCGGAAGCGGGAGCAAGCGCCCCCCGCGGGCGGACCACCGGACCAACGCGCACGGUUCCGAAACCCUUUGCUGCCCCCACGCGCUCGCGGAAGCCUACAAGCCCGCGUCGAUGGCGAGCCUCGACAUUGCCUGGAGCCGGGCGAUCGGCGACGAGCGAGAGGCCGCGAAACUAAAGAAGCCUGGGUUGCCGGAGCGCCAACACGACCCCCCACCAUCGCGGGAGCAGCCGGUGGAGCCGAAGGCGGGGAGAGAUCCGGCGCAGCAAAACCGGACCGACGGAACCGCAUCGAUCGCAGCUGCCACCGGGCCAGCGGGUGGUGACAGUGGCUGCCGCACCGGAAAUGGAAAUGCGAGUGGAGGCGAUCCSUGUGCCCCUCCGACA